AUGGGGCUUCUCACCAGAAUAAAAGCCUCCCAUUAUCGUAAGGAGGAAAUUGGCGAGCCCGGCUUAAGCGGACUGAUAGACAAGACUGGGAAGAAAAGCUACAACUACUCAGGGAGCGGCAAUUUCAAGGCUGGAAGCCCAGCAAGGGACUUUUACAUAAAUCAGGAGGCGCCUCAUCAUGUCUGGAAACCCAACGAGUACAUUUGUGGGGAAGUGGUCCUUGUGCUAAAGCAGAGCUUGGAGAACGUAGCUGUGACUCUCUCACUGGUGGGAGAGGUCAAGAUUCGGGGCCUGGGGCCCCGAACCCGUUCGGAAAAGCUUUUCGAACGAUCAACAGUGGUGUAUGGAGAGCAACAAGACGUGCCAUCAAACAGUGAGGAAUCAGUACUAAAUGGCUUAACGAAAGGCGAGCAUCGUUUCCCGUUUCGACUUAAACUGCCGUCCAACAAUAUCUUCACCUCCAUAAAAUUUGAAAGAGGAUCAGUAUCUUACUGCCUUCGAUGCACUCUAGAGCCGAUUCUUGGCCAAAACAUGAAUAAGGUCAUCGCGUCGUGCGAAAAGAACAUCUCUGUGAAGGUUCCCUUGGAUGUGAGUAAAGUUCCGAAGCCAAAAACGAAGACAGUGGUACUCCAGUCUCCCUCAGCUGUAAAGCACAACAAGACCGAACAGGAUAGUAGUUCUAGCUACACUAAGCGGACCACUGGAUCUAGAAAUUCAGGCUCUACCGUUGUAUCGUCGGGCACUUCGAAAACCGUCACCAUAAGUGUCGACUUGCCGUCCUCCGGAUAUGUCAUCGGAGAAGUGAUACCCAUCAAAUUGCAACUUGACCAUUAUCGCGAGUAUUCGCACUCUGCAGGACUAAUAGCAACACUGGUACGCAUUUGUCGCGUCGGCGAUGCCACGAAAGAAAAUUUGAUCGAAACGUAUCGUAAAGACAUCUGCCAAACCGUCUCUCCGAUCUACGUUAAUCCAGAAACCCUAGGCUGCUGUGUAACGGUUUAUUUGAAAGUUCCACUAGAUGCUUUCCCUACUCUGCAGCUGCCAAAUAAAAGGUUCACCUUUCAAUAUUACGUUGAGGUUUUGGUCAACUUAUCAAAGAAGAAUCUCGCCUACACGGAGUCAAACAGAGUGGUGGACACGACAAAUAAUUCUCCAGUAUCGAACUUGCCGGGCAAGUCAAUAGAAGAGACCCUCACGUUUUUACAAAGGAAAAUGCAGCCAGGUUUGGCUUCUAAGAGUUUUCAGGACGACGACCGAGAAUCAAUGAUUUUCUACCAAGAUAUGAUUAAUGUCGACAAAUUGAAGAGACUACGCAAUGUCACUGGAAUGUCCAUAGAGGUUGUUGUUGGUACAACAAGAUCUGUUUCAGAAAAUGAGGCACCAGAACAGUCUCUGUCAACGAGUCCCUCGGCUGUGCUACCAGUUGCAGAGGCUGUAGAGGAUGAACAUGAAAUUGCGGGCUCUACGGUGGCGGAGCACCCAACCCAUCCAAUAAACUCCGAGGACUAUACAUACACCAGAGAGUCAAAGCGGUACGAAGCGCCGCGCCCGAACUAUUGGUUUGAUCACGAAGAGCUCUCCAGUUUACCACUUCCCGUGUACACGCCCAAUGGUCACAUUAAUAUAAAAGAAGACAAAGACGAAAUGGAGCUGCAAAGAUUAAAAGAGCUCGAGAGCGAGCCACCAAUGACCAUUUGA